CCAGAAGAACACUGUUGCUCUUAGCGGAUAGAGCCAGAGGAGUUACAAGUUAAACCUUGAUUGCCGGGAUCCGUGAGAAUUCAGCAUGGAAUGUCUCUACUGUUUCCUGGGAUUUCUGCUGCUGGCUGCAAGACUGCCACUUGAUGCUGCCAAACGCGUUCAUGAUGUGCUGAGCAAUGAAAGACCUUCUGGUUAUAUGCGGGAGCACAGGCAAUUAAAUGGCUGGUCAUCAGAUGAAAAUGACUGGAAUGAAAAACUCUAUCCAGUGUGGAAGAGGGGAGACUCGAGGUGGAAAAACUCUUGGAAAGUGCAGGCACUCCUUACCAGUGAUGCGCCGGCACUGGUGGGCUCAACUAUAACAUUCGCAGUGAACCUGGUAUUCCCCAGAUGCCAACAGGAAGGUGCCAGUGGCAACAUAGUCUAUGAGAAGAACUUCAGAAACGAUACUGGUCCAUCUCCUGACCCAUAUGUUUACAACUGGACAGCAUGGACAGAGGACGGUGACUGGGGAAAUGGCACCAGACAAGGCCAUCACGGGAAGCCUUUCCCUCACCCCCGAAAAUGGAAUUUCGUCUUUGUGUUCCACACACUUGGUCAGUAUUUCCAGAAACUGGGACAGUGUUCAGUGAGAGUUUCUAUAAACACAGCCAAUGUGACUCUUGGCCCUCAAAUCAUGGAAGUAACUGUCUAUAGAAGAUACCGACGGGCGUACGUUCCCAUAGCAAAAGUGAAAGAUGUGUAUGUGGUAACAGAUCAGAUUCCUGUAUUUGUGACUAUGUCCCAGAAGAACAAUCGAAAUUCAUCUGAUGAAACCUUCCUCAAGGACCUCCCCAUUACGUUCGAUGUCCUGAUUCAUGAUCCCAGCCACUUCCUCAAUGAGUCUGCCAUUUACUACAAGUGGAACUUUGGGGAUAAUACUGGUCUGUUUGUUUCCAACAAUCACACUUUGAACCACACCUAUGUUCUCAAUGGAACCUUCAGUCUCAACCUCACUGUGCAAGCUACAGUGCCUGGACCUUGUCCUUCACCUUCACCCAGACCUCCAAAAACCACCGCUUCUUUGGACUCUCCAGUACCUGCUGGUGACAAUGCUCUGGAGCCGAGGGAGAUUCCUGAUGAAAACUGCCGUAUUAACAGAUACGGCUACUUUAAAGCCACCAUCACAAUUGUAGAGGGAAUCCUAGAGGUUAACAUCAUCCGGGUGACAGACGUCCUGAUGCCCGUGCCACAGCCUGACAACCCCCUGGUGGAUUUCGUCGUGAACUGCCAAGGGAGCAUCCCCACAGAGGUCUGUACCGUCAUCUCCGACCCCACCUGCCAGGUCACUCAGAACACAGUGUGCGACCCUGUGAACAUGGACCUGGGCGAUAUGUGCUUGCUGACAGUGAGAAGAGCCUUUGGUGGGUCUGGGACAUACUGUAUGAACCUGACUCUGGGUGAUGAUGCAAGCCUGGCCCUCACGAGCACCCUCGUCUCUAUCCCUGGAAGAGACCCAGACUCCCUUUUAAGAAUGGCAAAUGGUACCCUGGUCUUCUUCGUUGUCUGCAUGGCCAUAUUUGUCACUGUGAUCGCCCUUUUGGUGUACAAAAAACACAAGGAAUACAAACCAAUAGAAAACAGCACUGGGAUCAUGGUCAGAGGCAAAGGCCUGAAUGUUUUCCUCAAUAGUGCAAAGAUGCUCUUCCCCGGAAACCAGGAAGAAGAUCCACUGCUCAAGAACCAACCGGGAAUUCUUUAAAUCUUCUGCCUUACUUCUGACCAACAGCUCACCCUUCAGCGCCAUUUAUGUCAGCUAUGCUAGAGUGGAUGACGAUUAACUUUUUACAAAUAUUAUCGUAAAAUAUAUAUUGUGGUUUAGGGAGGUCCAAUUUUUAUUAUAGGUUAAAUGACAUUUUAGAGAGGUGGAGGGGAAUUAAACUACGCACAGCCUCACCCAUGUUAUAUUAACUGAUAAAACCAGUUAGCAAUUAAACUACACACAGCCUCACCCAUGUUAUAUUAACUGAUAAAACGAGUUAGCAGCAUUUUCUUUAGUGAUGGUUUGUUUCACUUAUAAUGUCUUAGGUGAUUAGUAGGAUAGAUACACUGUAUCCAGAGUAGCAGAAGAAGGUACUUUCGUUAGAGUCUGACCUAGGUUAACUGGAAGGAGAGGCUGGACGUGUUCUAGCUUUCCAUAUGACCAUAUGCAUAAAACCAGUGUAUUCCUGUUCUGAAGGUCAUGUUCCAAGCUACCUGAAUCCUAUGUCAAUGAACAUGCAUGAGCUCCCAACAGAACACUAACAGGUAAGCCUUCAGUAGGCUCUGCAUGCUUGUUAUACUAAAAAAAAAUACUAAUCUAAUAAAUGCUUGUGAAUAUGUUUGUGACCACCUGCCGAGCCCAAAUGUGUAAAGGAACGGUACUCAUUCAUUCAUUCUUCCCAUGGACAUUUAUGUAGCACUUUCUGUAUACCAUGCAUGUUGCUAAGUACAUGGCCCUGUACUCAGAGUGUUGACAUUCUUGUGGAUAUAUCUGAAUUUCUGUGCACUCUGGUGCCACAGUUGAAAAUUAUAGUUGAAAUUAUAUAUUAUGAUUUUCCAAAAAAGGAUGCCCCUGAUUUUCCUACUGGUUUCUCUAUUCAAAUGAUACAGAAACUUAAUCACCAAAGGUGUUACUUUCAUUUGUAACUGAAGCUACUCUAUGUCAGUCAUGACAUUUUUCUUCCCCUUCCUGGAAAAUAAAAUAUGAAAAUAAAAAAAAUAAAAUAAA